GAAAAGCAAAACAAGUGCUUAUUUCUUUGCUCCAUGUGGUUGAACAGUUUUCUUUGCAACUCUCGCACCAAGUACAUAAUUUAAGGCUGUUUUCAUUAUAGGACUCUUUCAUGAACGUGAAAAAAUCAAACCGUUCUAUAUGAUCCGACCGUCCACAAAUGUUUUCUUUAUCCUGACAGUUUCGGCAGUUUCUCCAGACGCAUGAAUCUGAUGAAUUUUAUUCAAAGCGAACUGAAACGGUCAUCAUUAUGACCACUUAUAGCAUGGUCAUAGGAAAUACGACGGUAGGAAAGGAUAUUCUCGAUGUUCGUGAGAAUUCCAGCCCAGAAGCUGCCAUUACUUAUGAAAUAAUUGAUGAYGUUAUUCUUGGAUUGUGCUUUGAAAUGCACAAGUCAAUCAAGUUGGGAACRUUUGGCAUUGAAGAAGUUGACGAAAAAACAAGCAAGCAAUACGAAGUUGUUGAUGUUGAAGGACUUGAUGUUUUUGGUCAAGUACCACUCAAAAAACCUAUGGAGUGUAUUUGUCCAAAUUGUCAGCGUAACAUGGCUGCUUCAAGGUUUGCCCCACAUUUGGAGAAAUGCAUGGGCAUGGGACGAAACAGUAGCAGAAUUGCCAGUAGAAGAUCUCAACGUUGUCCUCAACAUACUGAUGACCAAAGAAAGUCGGUGCGACUUCGGUUACUUGGACAAGAAAAUGAUCCGGUUACAUUAAGACAUCGACCAGAUGGAACUUCGUUUGAGGCAGAAGAUGUUAUAGAUGUCGAUAGYUAUGAGGACGGUGAUGGACCAUCCCUUUUGCGUGAUACUCUAAGCAGGUUAUCAUGGGAGGAAGAGUCAAAUGCAUCUACAGGAGACGAUAAUUCACCAGCAGCUUUUGGUCCUGCUUCGUUAGUAAAGAAAAAAAGAAAGAAAAAAGCAAAACAUAAGAAACGCUCAAGGUAGAAACAAAAAUKGUUUAUUCGACUAUGAUAAGGAACAGGCUGUUUGUCUGUUUGGUUGGUCCAAGACGAUAUUUYCUUCUACAAUGGAAUGAAUAAAGCACUUCAGAUUCAGCGACCGAAGGCGUGAAACUGGAACAUUUGCCUUUCUGUUAGAGCCUUACAGUUUCAGCGACUUGCCUUUGGUCUAUUUGUUAAGAAUGCUUGAUUGUGUAUAUGGGAUUGCAUUUGGUAAUGUAAGGAUUCGUUGUUUUAUACCAAGUGUCCUARACAUUCCAAACCAGAUAUAUUGCAAUUUGUUGCAAUGAGAAAUUGCUCUCCAAGAGGGCAGACUAUUGGGGUUGAAUGCAUGUACAAAACAUUUAUGUCAAAGAACAAAUUUUCUAUCAAAGAGUAUGCAUUGCAAGAUGAAUAACUGUAAAUGAAAAUUGUAUUUUCUCUGUAAAUUCGUUCAGAAAAGAGCUUUCACUGACUAGGAAGCUUCGGAGGAGGGUAAUCCCCUGUUUGCUCUUUGCUUCCAGAAGAUUACUUCCUCUAGGUUGCCGAGGAUGUCUAGCCUCCUGUCCCAUCAUGCAAURCCUUUUUUACUGAUUUCUGAAUUUUCAUCACUGGGGUUUCUUGACACAUGUCACCGUCUAGAUUAAUGAAGAAUCACUCUUAACUCUUACAUAUAAUGCAUUCUACGAUAAAUACGAAAAAAUCGCAGUGUGAAUACGACAAUUUAUUUUCUAUUUAAAGCUUGAUACAACGMUGUCAGAACCUGAGGCGAUUUCAAAAAACGUUGAAUGCUGUAGAACUGCGAAGAGAAUCACAAGACCGAAAUGCAUUGUUGUUAAUAAAUCCCAUGUUGCUUGCCUCACAAAUUGACAAUUCUAAACUCACUGAAAUUGUCUUCGCUGCGGAGCUGGCAUAGGUACUCUGAAACAGUGAAGCCCUUUAAGCGGCGAUACUAACGAUGCGGUUUUAUAAUGCACUAAACAGUUUCACAGUAUUUGCCCAGUACUCAACGUUUUUUGAAAUUGAAGACUUGUUAUUAUGGAUAGUUUCCUUUCUUGAAUUAGAUAUGUUUUUUACUGAUGCCAUACAAACUAUGGUCGGCCGAAUAUCACGAUAUUUGUACUUUUUUUUGGAUACAAUAAAGACGGAACAGCA